CAAUGAUUAGUUCCGAACGCCAUGAACACAGCUCGAGGUGUCCCCUUCUCUCGCUCUCCAUCUCUAUGAUGGCAAGCCCCAAUCUCUCUCUCUCUCUCUCUCUCUCUCUCUCUGGUGAGCGUAUGUGGAUGGCCCAUUCAUCUAUGGAAAGUCGGAAAAGUCCUCACCAAUGUCAUAUUCCGAGCCUUGACCCUUGUGGUUGUGACCCUCGAAUAUUACGGGAAUUGUACACGGAAAGCAAGGAAUUUGAAGAAGGAGAUGAAGAUAGUGGCUGUGUCGUCUUCCACGUGGCAGAUUUCGAUACACAAAAAUGGUAAAAUGCAGAGAAUGAAUAUGUAAUCAUCGUUUCGCGGAAGCUUUUGCAGAGACUGUAAAAGAACCAGGGUGUACGCAUUGCGCCAAUUGCGCUCGUUAGUGGGAAACUGGACUCCAAAUUUCAUAUCUCCAUUCCAUUGGAUUGCUAAUAUGUUCCUUGUCAAGACAUGGAGAUCCACAGCUUUUGGUGUUUUCGGAUACUUGAAUUUCAUGAAAUCAGGUUUCAAGGAGCACUCCAAAAAAUUUAAAACAGAAGACAUGCAAAUACAAUUGGAAGGGAAAAAUUGUGUAGUUACAGGAGCAAAUUCUGGGAUUGGCUUUGCCACUGCUGAGGGUCUUGCUUCACGUGGAGCAACCAUCUAUAUGGUUUGUCGUAGUAAGGAGAGAGGAGAAGACGCUCUUUCUAAAAUUCAGUCGAAGACGGGCAACCCUAAUGUACACCUAGAGAUAUGUGAUCUCUCAUCUGUCAGUGAAGUCAAGUCAUUGGCAUCUAGAUUUUCUGCGCAGGGUCAACCUAUACAUGUCUUGGUUAAUAAUGCUGGCCUACUUGAGCAUAACCGUAUUACUACGUCAGAAGGGUUGGAGCUGAACUUUGCUGUAAAUGUAGCUGGAACAUAUGCCAUGACAGAAUCAAUGGUGCCUCUGCUGGAGAAAGCAGCACCUGAUGCUCGAGUCAUUACAGUUUCCUCUGGUGGCAUGUAUACAACUCCCUUGACUACAGACUUGCAGUUUAGUGAAAACCCCUUCGAUGGGACAAUGCAGUAUGCUCGAAACAAACGAGUUCAGGUAGCGUUAACUGAAAAGUGGGCGGAAACCUACAGUAACAGAGGCAUUGGAUUCUACUCGAUGCACCCUGGUUGGGCUGAGACACCAGGGGUUGCUAAAAGUUUACCCGGUUUUUCUAAAUCAUUAUCAGGAAAGCUUAGAACAAGUGAGGAGGGCGCAGACACGGUUGUUUGGUUGGCAUUACAGCCCAAGGAAAAGUUGGUAUCAGGUGCAUUUUACUUCGAUAGGUCUGAAGCACCCAAACACCUGUUAUUUUCUGCGACCAAGGGCUCCCACGCUGUAAUCAACUCCAUUGUGGACAGCCUUCGUUCCCUAUGCAAGCUUUCUUGAUGAAAAUAUGAAUUAUGAAUGACCAACAGGCAAUAACAAAAGGAGAGGGAGUGAACUUCUACUCUGAUCAAAUUGUCAAUACUGUUUAUUAAUUUAAGAUCCAGUUUUCACCUUCGGAAUCACAUUCAUGUCUGGAUAUGGUUUCAACUGAACUGUAGCUUUCAUUGGUAGAUAAUGUGUCAUGAGAUUUGUAGUAUCUUUCAGAUAAAUUAUUAAUACUGUGGCCAUUUUGAUGA